UCUCAGCUCCUCCGUUCCUUAACUUUAACUUCUGAGCACCGGAGUUUCCCACAGCACUUCUACAGGAAGCAUACAACAGAGUCAGAGCAAACCACCAGCGAUGAGACGCCCAGGGAUCGUGUCCUCAGUGAUUCUCUCCGCAGCUUCUCUGCUCGUCUGCCUGGUUUCAGUCAGAGGCAACUACUGUGAGGUUAACCAUUGCCACAAUGCAGGAACAUGUGUGACAGAUGUCGGAGACGAUCCCUUCAUCUGCAUCUGUGCGGAUGGAUUCGGCGGAGACACCUGUAACCUGACAGAGACAGGACCCUGCAGCCCGAACCCCUGUAAAAACGAUGGGUCGUGCGAGAUCAUUACUCCGACCAGACGAGGAGACGUGUUCAACGAGUACGUCUGCAAGUGCCAGCCGAGCUUCGAGGGAGCGCACUGCCAGACCAAUGUGAACGACUGUGCCAAGCAGCCCUGUAAGAAUGGGGGUGCGUGCAGAGAUCUGGAUGGAGACUACACCUGCCAGUGCCCUUCUCCGUACGUCGGGAAGCAGUGCCAGCAACGUUGCAUUUCUCUGCUGGGGAUGGAGGGAGGUGCUAUCGUGGAGUCCCAGAUAUCUGCUUCCUCUGUGCACUACGGCAUUCUGGGUCUCCAGCGCUGGGGCCCGGAGCUGGCUCGGCUGAACAACCACGGCCUCGUCAACGCCUGGACGUCCGACGCCCUCGACCGGAACCCCUGGAUCGAGAUUAAUAUGCAGAAGAAGAUGCGUCUGACGGGCAUCAUCACUCAGGGCGCCAGUCGCCUGGGCACCGCUGAGUACAUCAAGGCCUUCAAGGUGGCGAGCAGCUUCGAUGGAACUACCUUCACCUCACACAGACUGGACGGCCAACGCAGAGACAAGAUUUUUGUGGGCAACGCAGACAACGACGGCACCAAGACAAACCUUUUCAACCCUCCAAUCGUGGCCCAGUACAUCCGCAUCAUCCCUGUGGUUUGCCGCAGGGCGUGCACGCUGCGCAUGGAGCUGGUCGGCUGUGAGCUCAAUGUCUAUUCAAACACGGCAGGUUGUUCAGAGCGUCUGGGGAUGAAGUCUCGCCUCAUCUCAGACGAGCAGCUGUCGGCCACCAGCUCGUACAGCACGUGGGGCAUCGACACCUUCACGUGGCACCCGCAGUACGCCCGGCUGGACAAGCAGGGCAAGACCAACGCCUGGUCCCCGGCCCACAACAACCGCUCAGAGUGGAUCCAGGUUGAUCUGGAGAAGACAACGCGUCUCACAGGCAUCAUCACUCAGGGGGCGAAGGACUUCGGGGUGGUGCAGUUUGUGUCGGUGUUUCAAGUUUCUUACAGUAACGACGGAGAGUCGUGGGACACGGUGAAGGACGAGACCACCGGCUGUGAUAAGCUUUUCCAAGGCAACAUCGACAACAACUCCCACAAGAAGAAUCUCUUUGAGCCCUCGUUCUUCGCCCGGUACGUCCGAGUCGUCCCCUGGGAGUGGCACGAGCGCAUCGCUCUGCGCAUGGAGCUGCUGGGCUGCGAUGACUAGAAACUCAUCAACGACCAUUUAACUGUGCUCCGCGCUCAUCCACCGGCUCCUCCUCCGCUGACCCCUGAGGAGAUUUUGCAUUGGGUGGAGAUUGUGUUACCUGAAUAGCUUGGACUUUUAACACUUUUAGCACUUUUUGACUAGUGACUUUUUUAUGGUUUAUAUUAAUACAAGCUCGUACAAGUGGUCGCAGAGAGCCGUCUGUUGAGUGUCUGUGGAUUCAGUAGCUUUUGAUUGAAUAUGAAUGAAAAUUUGCACAGAUUUGCUCUUUGUACUGUUCACAUGUUGUAAGAAUCCAGGUAGAUUUCAGCCGCUCUCGUGUCUGGAGACGUGAUCAUCGUGUUCUUCACCGCUUCAGUUCUGCUAAACUGACAGAUGACAAACAUCCUCUCCACCUUAUUCACUCUAUUGUCCUGAUGCUGUUUUCUUAUUCCAGCCCAAACUAGCAUUAUAACGCAGGGUCUGUGCAAUAUUUGCCAUUUUGAACUAUCCAGUAAAAGAAAAUGUGUCCAGGAUUAGAGAAUUAAAAAUAUUCAAAUUUGAACUGCAGCACACCGAUGGACUCAAUCAAUCGAUCUAACUACAAAGAUAUCAUGGGCUUUUUGGAGUAGGUUUUUCAUGUGAUGUUGACUUUUUUACACAUUUUAACAGGUUUAUUUGCUUCAGUCUUACAUGUAAUUUAAUUAUAAUUUAAUCCUUUUUACAACAAAUGUGAAAUAUGUAGAAAAAUGUCUUGAAAUAAGCAUAUUUUGCAUUAUUUGUUUUUCAA